UAGUUUGAUUCUAGAUCUCCUUAACAUUUUUUUUUUCAAUAAUUGAGGCGCAGAAGCUGCACCGCCUCAGAAAAAAAAAAUAGUACCAUGCGCCGCCGCAACCUCUUCCACCUUAAGCCGACCCAUUACCCCUUACUUGCCAGCCUAUCUCAGUUCAAUUAUAUCCUUUUUCUUCUUUAUGUCACCCCCACGCUUCAACUCUCCAUCUCCACCAACCCACCGUAUCCAAACCCCAUCCUCCUCAUUACGCAUGUGUAAAACCAAAAUGGCAACCCAAGCGACCGAGCCCAGCCCCGUUACUCGACCCGAACGGACCCACCGGGCCCAACCCCAACCCCACUCUUCUUCCUCCUCCUCCCUUCCACCCUCUCGAACUCAACGAUCCAACCCGGCCGAGUCGACUCGGACCCAAAAGCCCCACAGACUAACCACCGCCUCUGCCUCCGCCUCCGGUGAGGCUUCCACCUCGACUGCCUCGAGUGCCGCCCCGUACACCUCUGGCUCCAGCUACAAGUUCUCUUCAGGUACCUCGAUCUCGAGCCGUACAUCGCUCUCAAGCCUCCGCGAAAGCCUUCCGGAAAAUCCUAACAUCUACAAUUUCAAGGAGAUCUGCUCCGCAACUAAUAAUUUUCUCGCCAAGCGGUACAGUCCAUCGUCGUCGACUCCGUCUUGGCGGUGCGAUCUUCGAGGCAAGGACGUAAUUGUGUUUCAGAAAAAGUUUUGGAGAAAGAUCGAGAUGUCGGAGCUUCAGGAGCGGUUCUCGGUUAUAUGCCGGAGCCAUCAUAGCAGCAUAAUUAAACUACUUGGUGCUUCCAUCUCCGGCGACCAUAUCUAUUUGGUUUAUGACUUUAUGAAUGGAGCAAAUCUUGCUGAUUGUUUGAGAAACCCUAGAAAUCCUGAUUUUACGGUCCUUUCGACAUGGAUAUCAAGAAUGCAGAUCGCGACGGACCUUGCUCAUGGACUCGACUACAUUCAUAACCAAACCGGAUUGAGCAUAAAUUUCGUGCAUAAUCACAUUAAGAGUAGCAGUGUCAUUGUGACCGAACCUUCUUUCAACGCCAGGAUCUGCCAUUUUGGCGCCGCCCAAUUGUGCGGCGAGAUUGACGAGAACGACGAUCGGAAGCCAUCAAAGUCGAUGCCGAAAGGUGAAAUUACCGAAUUCUCCGAAACCGAGGUUCUCGAAACAAAGGAACCGAAUUUGAGAAGAUCAAAUAGCCGGAGAACGCAAUUCGAGGGCGUUAUGGGUUACAUGUCACCGGAAUAUCAAGCCUCCGGGGUGGCCACACAAGAGGCCGACGUGUACGCGUUUGGCGUCGUCAUCUUGGAGCUCUUGUCCGGAGACGAGCCUCUGAAGUAUAGAUUCGAUAGGAGCAAACGCGAGUUCGUAAAGACCUCGCUGAUCGAUUCGGCCAUGGCGGCCGGAGACGGCGGAAGGCUGCGGACAUGGAUUGAUAAGAGGCUCAAGGACUCGUUCCCUGUAGACGUGGCAGAGAAACUGACGCGCUUAGCUUUGGAUUGCGUCCACGUGGAUCCAAACGAACGACCCAACAUGGGACGCGUGGCAGGGAAGAUUUCGAAGCUUUAUCUAGCUUCGAAGAAAUGGUCCGAUAAUCUGAGUGUUCCCACUGAGAUUUCUGUUUCGUUGGCCCCUCGAUGAUGAUUAUUCUAAAUUAAUUUAAUUUUAAUUAUUUCCGGACAAAAACCGGCGGCGGAGUCUGAGUAAAGAAAUUUGAAGUCCGAAAAGCGAGGAAGAUAAAACUAGUUUUCUAUUAUGAGUUAUUUUAUGGAUCAAACAUGGAAUGUCUUGAAUUUUC